AUGGCUAGGGAUGGGGACGUGCCUACUAUUUUUAAUCCAAAGAGAGUACGCACGCCUUCUGUUAUUAUAACUACUGAAGAAGCCGUGGAGAGCGAGCAGGGUGGCGACAUCGAGCGCGAACGGCCAAACGGUCCACCGACACCGCUCAGCCCACGAGCACCACUAACCCCCCAGACUUCUGUAUCCUCAGCACCUCCGCUGACGACACAGCCCUCUCUUCAGCAAGCUUAUAGUGAGUCAGCAGCAAGUAGUCAGGAUGAAGAACGUCAGCUACGUGAUAAAAAAUGCCCCAGGUCUUGCUGUUCAAAAGUGGCAAAAAAGAUGUACUAUGGCCUCUGUGUCACAACCACUAUAGUUGCAUCCUGGGUGACUGUGACACACUGUAUAAAAUACAUGUACCUCCAGGAGUACCCACACACAGACAGCUCAAUGAGCAGCACUGAAUCUCCUAUAAAUAAUAACUAUACUUCUAGAAUUCGCACACAUCACUAUUACAAUGCACCAUUCUUCACAGCAUGGUUCUGUACAAACUGGCUCAUUUUUGUUUACCCUCUCUACCUAAUUAUUAUGCUCAUUCACAACAAGUGCAAGUUAGCGAAUGCCAUUGUGGCCGAUGCUUUUACAGACUUCAAGGAAAAGGGAUUCACAUUUGCCCGAUUUCUAAGUCGCUGUGGCCUAUUCUGCUUGCUGUGGGUCGUGACGAUAUACAUGUAUACGUACGCUCUAAAGAUACUCCUGUCCACGGACGUGGUUACGCUGUUCGCUACAAAUGUUUCAUGUGUCUAUCUUCUAUCUUGGGUCAUUUUGCAUGAACAGUUUGUUGGAGUUAGGAUAGUAGCAGCGAUCCUCUGCGACACGGGCAUAGCGCUGCUCGCGUACAUGGACGGCAUCACCGGCAGCUCCACGCUGGGCGGCGUGGUGCUGGCCGCCUGCGCCGCUGCGGGCUUCGCUAUAUUUAAGGUGCUAUUCAGGAAAGUGAUGGGCGAAGUGAACACGGGGCAGCGAGCGCUGUUCUUCUCCAUCCUGGGCAUAGUGAACGCCACGCUGCUGUGGCCGGUGUGCCUCGCGCUCUACCUCACCGGCACCGAGCAGCUGCCCGCGCACACGAUGCCCUGGAUAUCGCUGCUAGUGGCGAGUGUCGCUUUGCUCAUGUUUCAUUUGGUAUUUCAAUUCGGCAAUCUGAUGACGUACAACAUUUUCGUAUCUCUCGGACUUAUAAUGGCUGUUCCUGUUUCUGCUGCAUUGGAUGUGGUUUUAUACGGAGUGGAGUUCGAGGGCAUGAAGUUGGCCGGCAUCAUACUAAUAGCAGUCGGAUUCUUUCUAGUCAUGUUCCCGGACAACUGGCCGGACUAUAUUAUGAGACUUUUAAGAUGGAGUCGCCGCCGGCAGCGCGGCAGCGACGGCGGCGGCCGCAGCCGCGACGCGGUGGACUACCGCACCGGGUACAUACGCUCGCACCUGCGCUCGCCCUCGGGCCGCGUGCGG